CUCAUUUCUGCACGACGAAUCUUCGGGUUUCCAGGUAGGUUAAGGGUGGGGCAUAAACUACUAUUAUCAAAUCCAGCUUUCGACUUUACACUUCCUGUUUCACUGUACGCUGGAUACGAACACAUCACACAAUGGCGACCAAUGAAUGGAAAAAAAGAUGCGAAACAGAGUGGAAUAUCAAAGGCAUUUCGAUGCCCGAUGGAGUGGAUUGGAAGUUCGUCUACGAAGCGAAGCCGUUCGGUCGAAAUUUGUUGAGGAAUCCUGCGCCUCACGGUGUGAGUCAGGACUCCCCUCCUCCGGAGCGUGAACUGACAGAGUUUCCUCCAGAAGGACCUCCUCGCUCUGAACCAGAGGGUGACUAUACUGGCUGGACCACCAGCAGAGAGGACCUUGGUUAUGAUGCCAGCGGCAUACCACCAGGGGUCACCAUCUGUUACCUGCCUAACUACAGCUGGUUUACCUUGGAGCAAAGAGUGGACCUAAAGGCUGAGGGAGUAUGGGACGAGCUGUUGGAUGGUUUCCAACCUGACAUCGUCAUCAAAGACUGGUAUGAGGAGAGCCAACUGCACGAGUCAAUCUACCAGCUGCGGGUGAGGUUGCUGGGAACAGAUGGACAGACGGUCAUCUCCGAAUACAUCAUGAGCCCUACUGAGGAGCUUAGUGAAUACUCCCACAACUGGAAAGAGGUGUCCCAUGUGUUCUCAGACUACGGGCCUGGGGUGAGGUAUGUCCACUUCCUCCAUAGACUGAAGAACAAGUUCAUGGUGGAGUUCUUCCCCACCCUGGUCACAGGAAGUACUGUCCUUGUCAAGCCAAGCAAAUCCAGCCAAUAGAAAACCUUCUAAAGGACCACAAUGGACAAUUUGGAAGUGAUAUCCACAAUGGACCAUGUGUCCAAUGUCCAUAUUGUCAGUCAUUGGUAGUGGAAAUGUAGAUCAUAUUCUACAUUACAAAGCACUUUUGAAAAUAAAGAAUCCAUCUUUAAUGAAAAAA